AUGCUGACGCUCUGGGCCCUGGUGCUCACGCUGGGCCUGCAAGCCAGGGCGCUGGACCUGCUGGAAGCAGCCCCAGUGAUAGACAAUCUUCCUGUAGCUCCCUUGGCCAUCCCUAUCAAUGCCCUCGAAGCCGUGCCGCUCAGACUAGGCCCUAGACGACGCCCGCCAACACAAAGAGACUUUACAUCCAAAAAGCGUUCAGCCCGCAGCGGCAGCGGCAAGUGCAUACCCGUGGCCGAGUACUUCCUGUCCAAAAGCAGACUCAAUGACUAUCUCAACAACACCCUGCCCGCGGAGAUCGAGAAGCUGUUCAAGUGUAAGCAGGUCAACCUGGUUGGUGUGGUGGGCACCUUGGUAUCCACGCUGAGCACCACCAAGCUGCUCUCUGCAUUGGACCUUGGUUCGCUCCUGAGCCUGGGAGGCGGUGGCCUCGGCGACAUUCUAGGCAAGGGAGGCAGUGGCAACUCCCAAGCCCUGGAUGUCCUGGGCGGCCUGCUGCCGCUGGGAGACAAGGGGCUGGGCGGCCUGCUGCCGCUGGGAGACAAGGGGCUGGGCGGCCUGCUGUCCGGCAAAAAAGGCAAAGGAACUCUCAGGCGGCUCCUCGACGGCACCGGGCUCUCCAGUCUCCAGCAGCCGCUGGACGACGUGCUGGGCAAAGUCACAGAGCUCAAGGAGUCCACCAAGAAUGUGGUGAACAAGGCCCUGCCGCCAGAUGUCAGCAACGCCCUCUCGGGCUUGCUGGGAGGCCUGGACCUGAACGAGCUGCUGCUGGGACUGCAGGUUCAGGAAGUGACUGUGGACAGCAUGAACUCAACCACGGCCAAAGAUGGGAUCCACAUCCUUGCCACAACCACUGCCGUCAUAGGCGGGAAAGGCCUUGCCGGACCCGUCAUCAGCCUGGUGGGAUUCCACGUGUACUCAGAUGUGACCCUGACUAUUGGUAUUUCCACCAACGACACCCAGUGCGUCAACCUCCAGGUCCAGAACAAAGACAUCCAGGUCAACAAAGUGACCCUUCAACUCGUAGAAACGUACGUGAGCCCGUUUAUCUCCGGCCAGCCUACGGGUCAGAGCGCCCACCCCUCCACCCAUGGCGGCCCCGGGGACGACUCCGCCCAGCGCAGCGCUGAGAAGCAUCAGAUCACGGACGUUUUGCCUGUGUCUGUCCCUGUGCCCCUGGGCGACGUGGUCACUAAACUGCUGUCAGUGGAGCUGAAUAAGAAUGUGGAAGAAGCGGACUCCUGUGACAUCGUUCUCAGUGGCUUCAAUGACUGCAAGAACUCCACCGGCCUGUUCCGGUACCACGUGAGGGCGGCCCGCUUCUCCCCCAAAGGCCUCUCAAUCUUCUACUGCGCAGAGGCCCUCUUUGACAACAAAGCAGUGCCUGUGCCUGGAAGACUUCUCCCUCCACACCCUAAGAGUGCCAAUGUCUCCCUGACCCUGUCGCGCACGCUGCUCGACGCGCCAGCGGACCACAUUGCCAAGCAGAGCACCUUCAAGAUCGACAACCUGGAGGCAAGCAUCACCAGAAUCCGCCGGGGGUACCAGAGCAACGACACUUCCCAGGUCACCUACUGGAGCAGCAUAAAGAAGGACGGCGAGAGCUUCGCCACCGGGGAGUCGAAAUUGACCAUCUGGCACGACAGCAAGAUUUCAAAGGACAAGCUGGUAUCAGAGGUCAAACUCGUGAGAUCUGAUUUCAAGGUGACACCACCUGAGGCUACGGACGAGGUGCGAGAUGUGAUGAAAGGACAAGAGAAGAAGUUCUGGUCUGUCCUUGUUGAAAUUUUGAAAGCAUGGAAUAUACCAGCAGGAGUAACCUCAAAUCAUCUGAACAAUGCCAAGGUUAACGUGACCAAAUCGAAUGAUCUUCAGGCGGCCAACUGA